CCGCCGCGUCGCGGGCUGGUGGGCUCCGCGGCGGAUCUGGUGCGGGGAAAUGACCCUGCCCGGGGGCCCGACGGGCAUGGCGAGGCCGGGAGGCGGGGGGCCCUGCAGCCCCGGGCUGGAGCGGGCCCCGCGCCGGAGUGUCGGGGAGCUGCGCCUGCUUUUCGAGGCGCGCUGCGCCGCGGUCGCCGCCGCCGCCGCCGCCGGGGAGCCCCGGGCCCGCGGGGCCAAACGGCGUGGGGGACAAGUCCCCAACGGGCUUCCGCGAGCCCCCCCGGCCCCGGUGAUCCCGCAGCUGACGGUGACCGCCGAGGAGCCAGACGUGCCCCCGGCCAGCCCCGGGCCGCCCGAGCCGGAGGGCGGCUGGCUCCCGGCCGCGGGCUCCUCGCACCUGCAGCAGCCGCGCCGCCUCUCCACCUCGUCGCUUUCCUCCACCGGCUCCUCGUCGCUGCCGGAGGACUCGGAGGACGAUCUGCUGAGCGACAGCGAGAGCCGGAGCCGCGGCAACGUGCAGCUGGAAGCGGGCGAGGACGUGGGGCAGAAAAGCCACUGGCAGAAGAUCCGGACCAUGGUGAACAUGCCCGUCAUAAGCCCUUUCAAGAGGCGCUACGCCUGGGUGCAGCUGGCUGGGCACACCGGGAGUUUCAAGGCGGCGGGCACCAGCGGGCUGAUCCUGAAGCGCAGCUCCGAGCCGGAGCGCUACUGCCUGGCGCGGCUGAUGGCCGACGCGCUGCGCGGCUGCGUGCCUGCCUUCCACGGCGUGGUGGAGCGCGACGGCGAGAGCUACCUGCAGCUGCAGGACCUGCUCGACGGCUUCGAUGGACCCUGCGUACUUGACUGCAAGAUGGGCAUCAGGACUUACCUGGAAGAGGAGCUGACCAAAGCCCGCGAACGGCCCAAGCUGCGGAAGGACAUGUACAAGAAGAUGCUGGCCGUGGACCCGGAGGCGCCCACGGAGGAGGAGCACGCGCAGCGCGCCGUCACCAAGCCGCGCUACAUGCAGUGGCGGGAAGGCAUCAGCUCCAGCACCACGCUCGGCUUCCGCAUCGAGGGGAUCAAGAAAGCCGACGGAUCCUGCAGCACAGACUUCAAGACCACGCGAAGCCGGGAGCAGGUGAUUGGCGUCUUCCGGGAGUUCGUGCAAGGGGAUGCGGAAGUGCUGAGGAGGUAUCUGAACCGCCUGCAGCAGAUCCGGGACACCUUGGAGGUCUCUGAGUUCUUUCGGAGGCAUGAGGUGAUCGGCAGCUCCCUGCUUUUCGUACACGAUCACUGCCAUCGCGCGGGCGUGUGGCUCAUCGACUUCGGCAAGACCACGCCCCUCCCUGACGGCCAGACCCUGGACCAUCGGAGGCCCUGGGAGGAGGGCAACCGCGAGGACGGCUAUUUGCUGGGGCUGGACAAUCUCAUUAGCAUCCUGGCCAGCCUGGCCGAGAGAUGAGGCUAGGCCCCUGUCCCCGCACAGACCCGCUGGUCUCGCAAAUGGACCUGCAGCUUUGUUCCCGCUGUGCAUGCUGGGAAAAGACAAACCCAGAGGUUGGGGUGGUUCAUAAGGUCCUGUAGGACCAGGUGCCAACCACUGUGGGACGCACUGCACGCACCAAGGCUGUUCCCCAUACAAACCCAAGCGGUCCCAGAGCCGAUGACACUAAUUUAGGGGGUGGGGGUAGACUGGGACAAUGGGCAUCUUCCUGAGUCCAGUUCUUCUGAGGGGGCGCUGUGCUUCUCCAGGGAGGUGAGAUAAUGAAUUUUACUUCACAGGCACUAGAUCUAUUGAUCUAUCCUCCCCACACUACAAUGGACUCCCCUCCCCAAUAAAACUCAAAGACACCA